AUGGCCGACGCCUCCUGGCUCAGCGGGGCCUGUUUGAUCACCUGCUCCGAGACGCACAUCACCAUCGACGAGACUGCGAUUUUUGGGACAGCCUUAGGUGUCGUCUGCUUCAUUUCCAUCGUCUUUUUGUAUAUGUACAUCUUCUGGGCCGUGCUGAGGAUGCCAGCCGCCGAGGGCCAGACCAAAGCACUCUCCAUCCACCUCACGAAGCCGUAUGAGAAUUUGCAAACGUCCAUUCUAUGCUACAAGGCUGUUUGGAUGCAGUGUGCUGUGUUGCAGGAAGAAAUGGCUUCUUCGACCUUCUCCCUAUCCUUCUGCCGGACCAACGCCGUCCAACAGUUUUUCUUUGACGUUCCCUCCCUACUGAAGAUCACCUGCUCUGAGGACCACGUCGCCAUCGACGCCGCCUGGAUAGUGUUAGGUAUCGUCUGCUUUAUUCUCAUCAUUGUCUCGUACGUGCGCAUCUUCCGCGCCAUGCUGAGGAUGUUGGCCGUCGAGGGCCGGGGCAAAGCCUUCUCCAUCUGCCUGCCUUACUUCGGCGUCAUCAUUCUCUUUGUCAUGACUUAUUCCUUACCUGACCUGCUGGUGUCCGUGUUCAACACGGUGGUGACUCCCUUCCUGAACCCCCUCAUCUAUAGCCUGAGGAACCGGGACGUGAAGUUUGCCAUGGUUUGA